AUGGACCUGCUCGCGGGAUACGGGUCGGGCUCGGAGGCAUCAGAGCAGUCCGAGGGCCGUGCUGACGAUAGGAUCCCCCGGGAGCCCGCAGCGCAAGAGGCCGCAACCCAGGCCCCGUCGUCGUCCGCCCUUCCUCCGAGCGCUUCCGGGGGGCUGUUCGCCUCGCUGCCCAAGCCAGGAGGUGCCUCGAACGACGGGAAAUCCGCGGGGCUGCUCGCCAGCCUGCCCAAGCCCGGCGCUGGGGCGCGGAAGCGGGUCCUGAGGCUGCCGUUGAAGCCCCAGGCGCCCAGCGACAGCGAGAGCGACGAGGAGGGCGCGCCCGCCGCCCAGGCCGCCGCCCCGCAGCCGCAAACCGCGGCGGGGUUCCUGAACGCGCUUCCGGCCCCGAAGUUCGCGCGCGCUGCCGGGUCGUUCGGGGGCGCCAGCGCAGGCACGCGCGGCGGCGAGGCGGCUGAGCGCGACGGCAACGGCGCGCAGACGCAAGAAGCGUUCCCGGAGAGCAACGACAUGUACCGUGUGGACGACUCCGGUGCGUGGCAGCACGCCGCGCCCGCCGCGCCGCACGACGCCUACGCUGCGGCGGGGCCCUCCGCGCAACGUCCCGCCGCCGGGGAGCCCGCGGCAGGGCUUGACCCGGAGCUCGAGAAGGCGCUCGAGGAGGCGGGGCGGGGCGACCGCAAGCGGAUCUACGAGGAGAUGAUGCGCGGGACGGCGGUGAAGGAGGUGACGGGGCACGCGGUGCUGGCCAGCGCGCCGGGCGGGGGCGCCAACUCCAUGGCCACGCUGCGGGACGUGAUGGGGACGGACUACCACAAGAAGGUGCGCGUGGAGGCGGGGGAGGCGCCGACGAAGAUGGAGAAGCGGAAGCACCAAAUUCGGUCGUUGUAUCACUCCGCAAAGAUGGCCGAGCUGGAGAUGCUGGACCAGUCGGCGGGGGGCGCGGCGAAGAAGGCGACGACGGCGCGCAAGUACGGCUGGUAG